CCUGAAUUCCUGAUGACUCCUCGAGCGCCGCUGUUGUAUAAAUGCUUUCCAACUGCAAAGUAGGCAAUCAGAAGGAGCAUAUAAAAAAUGCGAGCUGCUGCCGAUCAUAAUAUCAUGGACAGGAAGAAGCCAAAAGUAAUCUAUUCAGUGUACUCGGUGCUCAUUGACCAAACUCCAAAUGAAUCAAUGUCGCCUCCCCUGCUUCAGGUUUAUCUUCGCAGCCACGAGUGGCAUGGGCACACGACAAUGCUGCGCUCUCACUCGCUGGUACGGAGUAGGCUGCGGUAGCUCACAGGGCCAGCGGCCACCCCACCAUUUCAAUGGUCAGUGGACAAAUAAAUAUUCCAGGCUCUUCUUGUCUGCUCCUGCUCGUCCGUCGUCCCUCACUGAUUCGAUCACUAGCCACCGCUCCAAGAAUCCACUAGUCCUUAUCUUUUAAAUCCAUCGACUUUUAAAGAACCCAUUCCACGCAAGAAUCCGAUCUUGUAACUACAGACCACCCACCACCGAUUGGGAACAUGGAAGCAAUAGUACUGGUGCAGUUAGUGGCUGCGGCGGCGCUUAUAUCUUCUUUGAUCGGCGGCGCCGCCGGCGAGGCCGUGGCGCAGGAGCUGCGGCAAGGCCUCUCCGUCGCCCACGACCAGUCCUACUCGCAGUUCCAGCCGGUGCUCGCUGACCCCACCGGCGUCUUCGCGCUCGGCUUCCUCCGCGUCAACUCCACCAUGCUGGACCUCGCCGUCGUCCACCUCCCGUCUGCCUUCCCGCUCUGGCGCGCGAUCCCCGACCGCCCCGCUCCAUGGUCUACAGCCGCCUCCCUCUCCUUCGACGGCGGCCUCUUCCUCACCGACCGCGCGGCCGACAAGGUGCUCUGGUCCACCGCUGCCACCUCUGCCUCGGCCGGCGACCGCGCCGUCCUCCUCAACACGUCCAACCUCCAAAUCCAGAGCACUGGUGGCAGCAGUUCGCCCGACGUGGUGUGGCAGAGCUUCGACUACCCAUCGGAGACCAUCGUCCAGAGCCAGAACUUCACCUCCGCGGCGACACUCCACAGCUUCGACCGGCGCUUCGCCAUGCGGCUGGGGAGCAACUACUUCGGCCUGUACAUCGAGCCCCCGCCGUCUUCGGGCGGCGUCGCUGCGGCCAUGUACUUCAAGCACACGGCGAUGGAGGCCAAGGCCCAGAUCGUGGCCGGCGGCGGCCCGACCUACGCGCGCGUGGAGCCUGACGGCUUCCUCGCCAUGUACCAGAGGGAGGGGCCGCCCGCCGACGUGCUCUCCUUCGACACCUUCAACCGCGGCGUCCGCGCCCUCCGCCGCAUGACUCUGGAGCCCAACGGCAACCUCCGUGCCUACUACUGGAACGGCGCCCGGUGGGCCCUUGACUACACUGCCAUCAACGACAACGACCGAUGCGAGCUGCCCACCACCUGCGGCGCCUACAGCGUCUGCGCGGAGCCCAGCGGCAGCUGCGAGUGCCUGGCCAACGCGACCGAUGGCUCGGGCUGCGCCGCGGCCGUGCCCGCCUCCGUCGCGAGCAGCCUUUGCGGCACCACGGGCGGGGAAGUCGGCGGGCUGUACUGGGCGGUGCGGCGGCAGGGCGUGGAGCCGGUGAACAAGGAGCUGCUGCGGUCCGAGCAGGCGGCGUCCGCGACGGACUGCGAGGCGCGGUGCGAGCGCAACUGCAGCUGCUGGGGCGCGGUGUACAGCAACGGGACCGGGGUCUGCUACGUCAUGGACUACCCGGCACAGCUUCUGGUGGCUGGUGACGACAGGAAGAUGGGCUACUUCAAGAUCAGGAGCCUGGAGGAGGAAGGGACGCGAGGGCACGGCGGUGGGCGCGCGAGCGGGGUCAAGGCGGCCCUCCUUGUUGUCGGUGUCGCGGUGGUGGUCGCUGCUGCUGCAUUCGGGGCGUACAGGGUGUGGGACAGGAGACGGCGGAGCGCCGUGGACGCGAGGCGGCAGAUUGGUGCCGCUGAUGAUGGGCUCUCGCCGGGGCCGUACAAGAACCUUGGGUCCUUCAGCUCCGUCGAGCUCACCAACUCCUUCCGAAGGUAACCAAGAGCUUGGGUUUGGAUUCAAGGAAAGGACCACCAAAGCUUAUCUUCUAAAAUGGAGCUCAAUUUUGUACAAUCACUUGUCUGAUCUAACGUACAAGCAGACUAUACUAUUUAAUAUUAGAUCCAACGAUAGUUUUUGUAUUUUUAUCCUCCCAUAUCAUCCUCCAUCUCCUUCUGUUUUCUUCUCCAUUCGGCAUUUAUUUUCUCCAUACGAGGGUCAUGAGAAGGUACAAUCGAGAAAAAAAACGUCUGUGGCAAAAGGAUAC